AUCAGCAACAGGAAGUCGUGCCGGUGGCUGAACGACAGCUUGCUUCUGGAGCUCGUCCCUUGUCUUGACGCCGACGAGAUCAAAGGCCUCUUCGCUCCACCACCAUGGGGUGAGGAGCAGCCCAUGUCCGCGUUCUGCAUGACAAGUGCUGCUGCUGGAUGGGAUGUCUUCAGGACCAUCGACAUGGACGUUCAGGCAAGUUUUAUGCAAUUUCACACGAAACAAUCGCCUGCGGAUCGGAAGAACAGUCGUCGUCUGGACCAAGAUGAGGCGAUCGCGCUGAAAGCAUGGCACCGUGUAGAUGGUCAGACAAGAGAAGCUAUCAAGAGCAACUUCCUGCCUCAUCUGCUCGGAAUAUACGAAGCACGAGUGAGGGCCUUCAUCGAGGACACGAGCGGCGACAAGGAUGUGCUCGCGCUGGACGUGCAGGACCCGUUCCAGAGGCUGCUCCUACACGGCGUGUGCGAGUUCUACAAUGUCGUGUCUGAGACGACGAGCAGCACCGUGAGAGAGUGCGGAGGGGAGAAGCUGUGGAAGACGACGAUGAUCACGAAGAGACCGGGCACGGCCGCUCCAUCCAGGAUCACGCUGGUCGAUUUCCUCGCUAGAAGGAAAAAUGGCUCACUGUGACGUACUGACGUUCUGCCUGGCACCCAAUUUUUGUUAUUAUUACUACUCCCUCCAAUCCAAAUUAUUCUAGAUACUUUAUCUAGAUAAAGUUGAAUCAUUUAAUUUGAAGCA